AUCUCGUCAAGUUUCCAUACCAUACUGUAUUGUCUACCACGGACUGCUUCACGUUGUACUCUUUUGGCGUUCGAAUUUGUUAACCACUGUAUCCUUUUAAUAUCAACUCAUUAUGGCGACAGCUGCCCGAGCGCUGCGGCCGUUAGCAAGAAGACCAGCUUACAUUCUCCACACAGCACGAAAGUUUGUGCCCUCAAGGACAUUCCAAUGCAUCCGCCCGUUCUCUGCCACCCCGUGUCGCCGUGAUGUAGACCUUACCUCCCUCACCCCCACCCCUAUCACCCUCCUGUCCGAAACCGAAGCCAUGAUGGCCGAAUCUGUAGCCAAGUUUUCCCAGGAGCAAAUUGGCCCGAAGUUCGAGAAAUGGACGAAGCCGAAACUAUGGACCCCGCGAUUGAUUAAUGGGCGUGGAGAUCCCGGAGAAUAUGGUGGAGCCGGCAUGAACUUCACAUCUGCCAUCGUUGGAAUUGAGGAGUUGGCUCGUGUCGAUCCCAGUGUCAGCGUGAUGUGCGACGUCCACAACACCCUGGUGAACACUGCCGUUCUCAAAUUUGCCGACGCGGAGGGAAAACGAAAGUGGCUGCCAAAACUCGCCACGAAUACUGUCGGAUCGUUUUGCUUGUCCGAGCCGGUCUCCGGUUCCGAUGCUUUUGCCUUACAAACCAAGGCCGUGAAGACCCCCUCCGGCUACAAGAUCAAUGGCUCAAAAAUGUGGAUCACCAACUCAAUAGAGGCCGGGUUCUUCAUUGUAUUCGCCAACCUUGACCCUAGCAAGGGAUACAAGGGAAUUACCGCGUUUAUGGUCGAGAAAGGUACGCCAGGAUUCAGCAUCGCAAAGAAGGAGAAGAAACUCGGUAUCCGCGCCAGUAGCACCUGCGUCCUCAACUUUGAUGAUGUGGAAAUCCCCAAGGAGAACCUCCUAGGCGAGGAAGGCCAGGGCUACAAAUACGCCAUUAAUUUGUUGAACGAGGGGCGCAUUGGUAUCGCGGCGCAAAUGACUGGUCUCGCCCUCGGUGCGUGGGAAAACGCUGCCAAAUACAUCUGGAACGACCGCCGCCAAUUCGGCCAACUGAUCGGUGAAUUCCAAGGUAUGCAGCACCAAGUCGCACAGGCAUAUACUGAAAUUGCCGCUGCCCGUGCUCUCGUCUACAACGCCGCCCGCAAGAAGGAAGCCGGCCAAGACUUCGUGCAGGACGCCGCUAUGGCGAAACUGUACGCCUCUCAGGUUGCUGGGCGCGUUGCGGGCUCCGCGGUCGAGUGGAUGGGCGGCAUGGGCUUCGUCCGUGAGGGCAUCGCUGAGAAGAUGUUCAGAGAUUCCAAGAUCGGAGCUAUCUACGAGGGAACGAGUAAUAUCCAGCUCCAGACGAUUGCUAAGAUGCUGCAGAAGCAGUAUACGCAAUGAAUUAUAAUAUCAACUGAGGAAAUGCAGAAACAAAACAAGAGCAUUUAAGAUAAUGUGAAGAUAAGUCUAUGAAUGAUGGACGGAAACAAUAGAUGAUAUCAGGUUAGGAGCUUUUAUGUAUAGAUACAUAUAAUAUAUUUUUCUGUUGUAAAUCAAUACGCCUAUGGGGGAAUACGGGGGAAGCAAACCGGUUUCAAAUUUUUUCAGAUGCUGCCUCUGUUGGACAUAUACUUUUUGUUCAAUAAGUAUGAAUAUGUGGGGAAGUCGAUAUGAAACUGUUUUGAUUGAAUGAACAUGUCAAAAGCUACAUACAUGGCUAUUAGCAAGCAUAAGUGCAUAUUUAUAUAGGUAUAUAUUUACAGCGAAGUGUCAGCUUAACACCGCAAUAUCACCAAAAUU